UGUUUCAUUAAAUCAUGCAAUCAGCUGAAUACUACAUUGCAUGAGAAUUGCAUCUUGGAUAGCUUUUUACGUCUUUUGCUUAUAAAAAAAAAAAAAAAGAAAAAAAAAUGACUUUCCUCAAAGAAAAUAGCAGUGUUCUAGUGGUCCUAGAUAGUGAAACUUCAAGUAAUGACAUUACAGACUUUGCGAGUGAAAUUAAAAAACAUCUUAACAGUGCUGAACAAUUAACAACUAUAUCAACCAAGGAAUUGAAUAAAUGUAUUAAUUCUUCUUCCUAUGAUGCAAUUAUUUCUAUUUUUAAACAAUUGUGUCCAAAUCUUGAACUGCUUCUAGAAGAAUCUCUCCGAAUGUUGAAACCAGGAGGAAUAUUGAUUAUUUAUGAGUCAGUCCAAGAAAAGGAAAAUGCACAGUCUGUUUACGAUAAAAGGGUGUCUAACUUGAAAUUGACUGGUUUCAAGGUGAAAGAGCAAGAAAGUUUCGAUACAAAACAGUUGAAAGGUCUUCUACUUAAUAUAUACAAUAAUAUAGAUAAUAUUUGUGAAGUAGUAGCGGAAAAACCUUCCUUUGAAAUUGGUUCUAGUGUAACACUUAAUUUGAGUGAAAAGAAAUCUAAUGUAUGGAAACUAGACACUUCUGUUGAUGAAGAAUUAAUCAAUGAAGAUGAUCUUUUAGAUGAAAAUGAUAUUAUUAAGCCUGUAACCAACUUAAGAGUAUGUAGUACAACGGGUAAACGAAAAGCUUGCAAAGAUUGUACUUGUGGCUUAGCUGAAGAAUUAAGUGGGAAAAUUGCACCUGAGGAAACUGCAAAGUCUUCAUGUGGAAAUUGUUAUCUUGGGGAUGCAUUUCGAUGUGCUAGUUGUCCAUAUCUUGGUAUGCCUGCAUUUAAACCUGGUGAAAAAGUAAUUUUACCUGAAAGUCAGUUAAAAGCAGACUAAUGAAGUAUUUGUAUUUUUUUAUUUUAUUCAUCUUUCCUAAAUUUGUGAAAAUACUAUUGCAUAUAUACAGAAAUUUAACAGGAUGUAGCAUAAAAAUUAUACAAUAAAAAUAUAAAACAAA